CCCCCCCCGACUCCAACAGUCUGUCGUCUGCCGUGAAGGAGCCCGGCUGCACAAACCACCGCUCUCAAGAUGUUCCAAACCAGCCUGGUGUCCCUCACAGUGCUGCUGUGCUCGGCCCUCUGGGUCGAUGGAGGGAAGGUCCUGGUGUUCCCCUUAGAUGGAAGCCACUGGAUCAACAUGAAGGUCAUCAUCGAGGAGCUUCACUCCAGAGGGCAUGAGGUCACAGUCCUGCGGCCCUUCAACACCUGGUACAUCAAGCAAGAGUCUCCCCACUACAAGUCCAUCACUAUCGAAACCUCAGCUGGUUUUGAUGAGGAAAACUUGGGCUCAUUAAUAUCCUCAAUGGUGAACAUGCGUCUGGAAGGUGGAUCACUUUGGAAAUACAUAUCUCUGCAGCACAAAAAAUUUAACGCGUUGUAUUUCAUACAUAAGCAUACACUUGAGAUGGUGGAGGAGAUGUUCCAGGACACCAAACUGAUGCAGAGCCUUCACGAUGCCAACUAUGAUUUGGUUCUGACAGAUCCUGCUGUUGGUGGAGGGGUGCUUCUGGGUCACCGCUUGGGUCUUCCACUUGUCUUCAAUGUGAGGUGGACCAUUCAGGGUGAGGGACAUCAGGCAAUAGCACCAUCCCCAGUCUCAUAUGUCCCGAUACAAGAGUCAGAGCUGACUGACAAGAUGACCUUCAACCAGAGGGUCAAGAACGUCUUCUUCUACUUAUUUACACGUUUUCAAGUUUGGUACACUGUGGAUUCAAACUACAAACCUUUUGUCCAGCGUCACUUCGGCAGUGACGUACAUUACAUGGAGCUGUUCCAAGCGGCAGAUAUCUGGCUGAUGAGGAACGAUUUUACCUUUGAGUUCCCAAGACCCACGAUGCCGAACAUCAUCUACAUGUCGGGGUUUCAGUGCAAACCCUCCAAGCCUCUGUCCAAGGAACUGGAGGAGUUUGUCCAGAGCUCUGGUGAACAUGGGGUCAUCGUGAUGACGUUGGGAACCCUGGUGGCAAACCUUCCAGAGGACGUCACUGACCACAUCGCAGCAGCUUUUGCCCAACUUCCUCAGAAGGUGAUCUGGAGGCACAAAGGAAGAAGGCCGUCCACUCUUGGGAACAACACCUUACUCUUAGACUGGCUGCCUCAGAACGACCUCCUGGGUCACCCCAAGACCAGACUGUUUGUGGCCCAUGGAGGAACCAAUGGAAUCCAGGAGGCCGUCUACCACGGCGUCCCCCUGGUGGGCCUGCCUCUACUGUUUGAUCAGCCUGACAACUUCUUCAAGAUGAAAGUAAGAGGUGUGGCCAAAGUCAUGGACAUUGCAACUGUGAACAGGGAGAACUUCUUGGAGGCGCUGGAGGAGGUUCUCCAUGAACCGAGCUACAGGGAGAACAUGAGGAAGCUGUCCAACCUGCAGAGAGAUCAGCCCAUCAAACCCAUGGACCGUGCCAUGUUCUGGAUCGAGUUCGUCAUGAGGCACAAGGGGGCGCCGCACCUCAGGACAGACUCUUAUAAGAUGUCCAUGGUCCAGUACUACUCCAUCGAUGUCAUUGCCUGUCUGCUGGCCGUUGGUUUGGCAGCAUUCACUCUCUUUAUUGCUGUCAUCAAGUUUUUGUGUUGCAGAGUGUUUUACAGAAGCAAAGUAAAACAUGAAUGAGUGUGCUGCAAUAUUUCACAAUUUUACAAUCUGAAUUUUGAUUCAUGAAAACGAUUCUAAAUCUUUCACUAGUCAACUGUGGCCACUGCCAACAGCCAACAGCUCCUUUACCUUUAUAUACUUAUUCAUUAUUAAUGUUUGAUUCAAAUAGAACUGUUCUGAUCAACGCGUUGGAUUCUCUAAGCAUUUAUAUAUAAGAGUCCACUGCGAGUGAGUAGCUGCCACUCAACACAAUCACGACUGGUUGUUGUCCUGGCUCCUAAACGCUGGAACGAGCUCCACAUGGACAUGAGGACAGAAAGUCCACACGUCGUCCUCCGCAGACUAAGGACACAUCUCUUCACUCUUUACCUUUGUUAAGAAGAUUAUGUCUAAUAACCAUCUUAAACUCUAGUGUUUAUAUAUAAAAAGCAAAAAAAUUCCUCCUGCAGAGAAAUUUAGAAUGUGUGCCUAGUCCUCGAGACAUUUAUAAAAGCUGCAGGUUUAUAACAUGAUCCAGGUUGGAGAGAGAGAGACCGUGGGUGAGAGAGAGAGACAGAUCCAAUCAGCCAGCAAUUCAACUAACUAAAAUUGUAACGAAUGCAAAGGCUAAAGAUGAAUCCGACUGUCCAUCGACUACAGACUGUCCACAGACUGUCCACAGACAGACUGUCCACAGACUGUCCACAGACUGUCCACAGACUGUCCACAGACUGUCUACAGACUGCCAUGUGGCGGCUCAGUACUCGUCCUCUGUACGUCUUCGCCUUCUGAGAACGUCCUGCUGCUUGAAUCGUAACAUCAAAGACAUCAAAGGAAUCUGUCCUGGCUGAACACGCUGGAGAAUAGAAAGCUACACUCUAGCAAAGCCCCUGAACAAUGUGCGAUUAUUCAUAAACUAUAAUUCCUAUUUGUGAAAUAAAAACACUGUGAGCAUCCCAAGACUUUGUCGAACAAAUAGAUAUAUUUUUUAAUGGUAAGAGUAAAACAAUUUGACAGUGGGAGUAAAUUUGAAAAGUUUGGCUUCUUCCAGAAAAUUCCUCUCAAAAUGAACAUUGGACCCAUAGGGGAAGAGACAGCUCUUUGCUCUUCUGCAGUCCCAGAACAACUUG